CUGCAAGUGCUUAGUGUACAGUCUCAUUGCUACUGUAUUGAGUAUAGAAAACAUAUAUGUGCUGAUGGAGAUCACAUUUCUUUGCCACAGAUAUCUUGUUGUGUUAUGGAUGAUCUCUGAUAAUCUGCGAAGGAACGAGUUUUCUUUAGCAUCGAGUUAAUUUUCCUCAACAACAUACUCUAGCGGACCUCCCUCAAAGGCCGUAACAUUGUGUCGACCUUUAACCAGUUUAGGGAGCCGAAGGUAUACGAUAAUACGUCAACCCAUUUGACACAGAAUUGCUGUGUGGAGAACCUACUGCACUAGCGAUGGUGGCCCUGCCACAAAAUUUUGAAUAUUUUGACCGCCAGGGUAGGAAGCUUUCAGCUACAUGAUUCUCCCUCAGAAGAACCUUCCUUCCUUCGUCAGUUUUGAUUAGCAUCAGGAUUUUGGGAAAUGCAUGUUGUUUAAUGGUACUACAUGGAACAUUACCAAUAGCAACUCUCAAGUGUAUGAAUUAUUGUACGCGUAUUUAACAAAUUUAAACAUGUAAAAUUUGUUUUGAAUAUUAGAUUCAUACAUCAGCAGUGAAAUCUGGUUAUAGUCCUUCAAGAUAUUGUACAGGUUUAUUCGGUAAUUAUUUGUAAACAAUUCUGUGUCAAGAGUUGUGAAUUGAACACAUUGUCAUUACAGAACAGGACAGGACAUAAGGCUAAAAUGAAUCCAGAACAUUCUUUAGAAUUUCCUUUGAAAAGUGAAACUGAUGGUGUAUUAUCAUUACCUUCCAUAAAUCAAGAAAACGGCAACUUGGCUGCCUUUAGUGGAACCAGUGAAGGAGACUUUUUGUCUCUGGAUCCAUUGAUGGACAUCAAAAUAGAGCCAGAGGAAUUCUGUGAGUCUAAUGAAGAUGAUGAAUAUUCAUAUGAAAUGAAUUCAAUAGUGAAUGAAAAACAUCCACAAACUUGCAAAAAGGAAGUAAAACAAGAAAAAAGGAUCUGUGACAGUGGAGAGAAGCCUUUCAUAUCCACUGACUGUGAGAAAACAUUUUACAAGAAAAUUAAUCUUACAAAUGAUAUCACAAAUCCGACCAGAGAGAAAUUCAUAUGCAAUGACUGUGGGAAAGCAUUUUCCCAUAAAUCAAAUCUUACAAGACAUAUGAGACUCCAUACAGGAGAGAAGCCAUUCAACUGCAAGGAAUGUGGGAAAGCAUUUUCCUGUAAAUCAAAACUCACACUUCAUAUAAGGAACCACACUGGAGAGAAACCAUUCCUGUGCAAGGAAUGUGGGAAAGCAUUUUCCCAGAAAUCAUAUCAUACAGUUCAUAUGAGAAUCCACACUGGAGAGAAACCAUUCCUGUGCAAGGAAUGUGGGAAAGCAUUUGCCCAGAAAUCACAUCUUACAGAUCAUAUGAGAAUCCACACUGGAGAGAAAUCAUUCCUGUGCAAGGAAUGUGAUAAAGCAUUUUCCCGGAAAUCAUAUCAUACAGUUCAUAUGAGAAUCCAUAAUGGAGAGAAGCCAUAUAUGUGCAAGGAAUGUGGGAAAUCAUUUUCCCGGAAACCACAUCUUACAAGUCAUAUGAGAUUGCAUACUGGAGAAAAGCCAUAUAUGUGCAACGAAUGUGGGAAAGCAUUUUCCCAGAAGUCACAUCUUACAUGUCAUAUGAGGUUGCAUACUAGAGAGGAAAAAGAAACCACAUGAUAAAAUAAACCAGUUAAGGCAGAGAUCUCUCAAAUGACCAACUAUAUGACAGAUCAAAAUCACUCACAAAAUCUGCUCAAGAAAAUAAGGAAAAUAAAGAAAAAAUACAGAAUAGAGGAUGAACAAAUGAGUGGAAAACUGGCAGAACACCAAGCCAAUAUAAAGGCCCUAGCUUCACAAAUAGGAAAUAAACAACAGAAGAUAAAAGUAAAACACAUAAAUAGGUAGUUUGGUGAAAAUCCAAAGAUUGUGUACAGGAAGAUUACGAAAGAAACAGUGGAGGUACGAACACCACCGAGCAAGGAAGACCUAGAAUUGUAAGAGAAGAAGAAUCACAGCAGGAAACACCCACCUUCUCCUUAAGAGCUCUGAGACUGAGCUCCUUAACAAAUGUAGGCCCAUCUGCUGUCUAUCAACAACCUACAAAUAGGUCAAAGGAAUCAUAGCAGAUGAGAUCUGUGAACAACUAGAUCAAGGCAAAUAUAUGGAAAAAGAACAAAAGAGAUUUACAAUAAACAAACUAGGCACUAAAGAUCAACUGCUAAUAAACAAAACAAUAUUAGAAGAUUGUAAGAAAAGACAAAGGAACCUUAAUAUGGCUUUGAUAGAUUACAUGAAGGCAUUUGACACUGUGCCGUGCACCUGGAUAUUCAAUUUUAUGGAGUUAUACAUCAAUGAGGAAAGAAGAUCUUUCUUUGCGGCACAGACGAGUAAGUGGAAGAAAAUAUUUUCAGGGUAUACAAAGUUGCCCAGUAUAAAUGAGAUGCAGAUUGCUGCCCUCAAAGCAAUGGUAAACACCGAGAAACGAGCCCUUGGAUAUAAGGCUAGUGGAAUAUAGAGGUGCAACCAUAGACCCCAGGCUGGGGCCCAUUGCACCUGAUAUAAAUUUAAAUUUGUUCAUGAAACUUACCUGUCAGAUAUAUAUAUAGCUGUAUUUUCUGAAGUCCGACAGAAUUUUAAAAACUUCCGACACACGCAGUGGUCGGCCAGGUGGUUAGUACCCAUUCCCGCCGCUGGGAGGCGGGUAUCAGGAACCAUUCCCAUUUUCUAUUCAUAAUUUUUCUGUCGCUGGUGCUGGAAACACCUGUUCCCAGUACCUCCGUCUUAGAUUUUGGAAACUUCAUUGCCGCUAAGUAUCCUAAUUGUCUUUUAAUUGAUUUACUUGGAUUUGUGGCUAGGCAUAGAGGACGCUUCACGCUAUCUUAAAUUGAUUUGAAUUUGAUUCAUUUUUGCAUAAGAUAUCUGAAUCUAGUUAGGCUAGUUUCAGAGGGGGUUGUCUGCAAAGAUAGGGUGUGGCUACCGAAAGCUUCGGUAGAUCCGCACUUGGUAUGCACGAGGGGUAUGAGUCUUGCUUCUUUGUUGAGAUUUGUCAUGUAAGGAGUGCGAGACUUUGUCUAAUUCCGUAAGGAAGACGUAUGAUUCGUAUGUACGCAAUUAAUCAGUAAACAUGUCUAAUUCCGUAAGGAAAACGUAUGAUUCGUAUGUACGCAAUUAAUCAGUAAACAAAAGUCAAGGUAGUGAACCUGCUAACCUUCCUGUAGAUUUUUUUUUUUGCCUAACCCUGUAGUAUGGCCUACGGGUUAUGAAUAUGUCUGCGAGAGGUGAUCGCUCUCCUUCAUUGUUGUGAAGAGUGCUACUUCUGUUAUUGUUUCUCAUAACCCUGUAAUGUUGCCUUCGGGCCCUAAACAGUGUCUGUAGAGGUUAUUGCCCUUUCUCUAAUACUCUUUCGAUUCGUAUCUUAGAAUCGAAAGUGCUUUAGAGAGCAAUAGUGAAGUGGCUAAGUGCAGUGACAGUGCCCCUUGUGUGGUGGAGGGUGCGUCAGAUCGGCCUUAUUUCGCCUCUAGGCCGGGACCUCUGCUUGACUCCCAGGACCCGGGGAGAGAGCAUGUCGAAAGCCGAAGGAGGGUUACGAGGAACCCCCACCGAUCUGGCGUGCCUUCGGCAGUUUCUGAUGAAAAUCCCCAGACUGCCUAAGUGCGUGCACGUGCACGAAUCCUGAAGGAUUGCUUCUCGUCCUCCGAAGCGUCCUCCCCGCGCAGGGGUUGGAGCUUUCGGAAGGACUCGCGCCCUCUAAAUAGAAGCUUUAUAGAAGAGGACUCUUCACGUCCUCUCUCUCUCUCUCUCUCGUUAUGCGUUCCAGUGAGAAGUAAGAAGGCGAACGUCGCCUGAUCACGUGUACGUCUUUCCACCGAGAAAUAUGAAAAAGAACUAAAGAAGUCUUAGUAGCAGGACGCUUUUGAGAGUGGACGUCCGAGCUUUGUUACUGCGCUGAAUUUUUUAUUCAUACACCGGGAAAUUGAUAAGGUUAAUUGAAAUAUUAAGAAAAAUUAAGUAUUUUAUUGUAAUUGAAAACUGUCCUAUCAUCCAGGU